UGUAACAGGUCACGCCCCUCUAUCUACUCCCUUUCUUAUAUCAAGAGGGGAAAAACACGGAACUACCGCUACCCGAUCUGGUCACCAUACGCCUAUUACCUUUACUGUUACAAAUACCGGAUCACCCUCCGGGAGAAGAUGCUGCCUUGUUAUAAAAGCAUCACUUAUAAGGAACAGGAGGACUUGACACUCCGACCCCGUUGCUGCCUUCAGUGCUCCGAGUCCCUAGUAGGCCUUCAGGGGGGCAGAAGCAGCGAGCAGGGUGAUCAAGACCAGCUUAAAGAAUUGCAUUCGGCUGGGAACCUGACGGUGCUGGCUACUGACCCCCUGCUUCACCAGGACCCAGUGCAGUUAGACUUCCACUUCCGCCUCACCCCCCAGACCUCUGCCCAUUGGCACGGCCUUCUUUGUGACCACAGACUCUUCCUAGAUAUCCCAUACCGGGCCUUGGAUCAAGGCAGCCGGGAAAGUUUGACUGCAACACUGGAGUAUGUGGAGGAGAAGACCAAUGUGGAUUCUGUGCUUGUAAACUUCCAGAACAACCGCCAUGACAGAGGUGCCCUGCUACGGGCCUUCAGCUACAUGGGCUUUGAAGUGGUCAGACCAGAUCACCCGGCCCUUCCUCCCUGGAACAAUGUCAUCUUUAUGGUGUAUCCCCUUGAAAGGGACCUAAGCCACCUGCCCAGUGAACCUCCCUGA